AUGUUGGACGUGGCGAUGCAUGUGGUGGGGGAGGGCGAUGCAUGUCCCACUCAUUCCUUUAACGCACCUUCCGUGAGCCUCAUCGGCAACUCGCCCGAGGGGCUCUCGCUCUGGGUCGCCUCCACCUCCACGCCUUUAGUGAAUGCCAUGGAGCCGCUAUGCAAGGGCAUUCACCGCCUGCUCGUGCGCUGCCCCAUCGCCCCCGCUGAUACCACCCCCCCACACGUGCCCUCCUCUGCCGCUCCUCCCACUGCCAUGACCCUCGGCCACACCACGCCUGAGGCACCGGCAGAAGGAGCCGCAGAAAAAGCAGAAGCAACAGCAGGAGCAGCAUCAGGAGAAGCAGGAACAACAGCGGAAGCAGCAGAUGCUGCUAGGCCGGCAACAGGAGCAGAAUCAGAAGCAUCAACCCUUAGCUCUGAAUCACUCCUACCACUUUUGUCGGAUCUCAGAGGCAUGGACGCGGACGCCCUACCACACCUCACCUCCAUCAAGGUGCGGGACUUCCUGGCUCACAUGGCGUCGCUCACCCCUGAAGGUCGCUGCCCAUCCAUCACGUGCCGCAUGGCGGCGCCUCUGGCGGAGGUGAUGGCGCUGGCGUCGCUGGUCCUGCCCUGCCGCACCUGUUUUGCACAUCUGCCUCUUUCUUCGUUCUUUGCUACUGCUAGCAUGCCAUUCCGCGAGGCCUUUGCGUUUGCCACCAUCCCGCUCUUCGACUCAGCCGGAGGCACCACCGGCUUCGGGAGCAGCAGCACAGGGGCCGGCACACCAGGGGUGCUGGGCGGGGCAGCAGCACAGGGGCCGGCACACCAGGGGUGCUGGGCGGGGCAGCAGGGGGAGGGGCAGGGGAGGGCACAGGGAGCCCUGGGACGCCGGGGUCUAGCAGCGGGGCGCUGGAGGAAGGGGGGGCUGCGCCCCGGUAUGAGCCUGGGGGGGCCUCUGCUGGUGGACAUCCCAUGUCUGCAGCGCGUGAAGGAGUGCUACACUGAGGACCAGCUCUUUGUGCGUAUUCACGUGGGGGCUUGGCUUAGUGACCAACCGCGUACACCGUGUGUGGGUUACUGGGGAGGAGGAUGA